AUGAUCUAUUUAAGUCUCUGUAUGCACUAUGAAAAAAAAUCAUCGAAUCCAAAGCGAAGCCCAGUUUCUAAACCAAUAUUUCAUAAUGCAUUCAAUUCACAAGCCCAAGUUGACCUUAUUGAUAUGCAAAGUCAAAGUAUUAAUGAAUUUAAAUUAAUUAUGAAUUGUCUGAACGAUCUAACAAAAUGUGUACUACUUAGACCUUUAAAAUCAAAACGUACCGAAGAAAUAGCAUUUAAUUUAAUCGAUAUUUAUACCACAUUUGGUGCACCUGCAAUACUCCACUCUGACAACGGAAGAGAAUUUGUAAGCACUAUUAUAGCUGAGCUUUAUGUGAUGUGGGGCGAUAUUAAAAUAGUACAUGGCAAACCAAGGCACAGCCAAAGCCAAGGGUCGGUAAAAUGA